AUGGCGCAAAUAAAAAUAAGAACCCCGAAAGAGCAACCCAGAAAAGGAACUCGAUCCGGAGAAAUUGAAACAACUAGUUGGAAAGAAUGCUCGAUAUGUUGUUUUUUAGGUAAUUUACCGUAUACUAUCGAUAAGGAUACUUUGAAAACACAUUUUGAUAAAGCAGGACAGAUUAGAGAUGUCCGUAUAGUUAAAGAAAAGGGUUCUAAUAGGCCGAAAGGAUUUGCAUAUGUCGAGCUUACAGAUCCAGAAAGUUAUCAGAGAGCUUUAUCCCUCCAUCAUUCGAUGGUAGGUGGUCGUCGAAUCAACGUCCUCUACACCCAACCUGGUCACAAAAAGAGUGCAGAGGCCAAAAAAAUUGUCAAACAAAAAAAUUUCAAACUGGGCGCUAUGAGGAAACAAGGAAUGCUUGCAGGAAGCGUAAAACAAACACAGAGCAGGAACGCUCGAAGGAACAAAGCCAAAGGAAAAGAUGGUGCUAAGAAGCACCGGGAUGAAUAAAUUU